CGCAGACCUACAGGCUUUAUCAGGACCCCCCACAAAAUGACGAAAUCGUAUUCCAUUGAGUGGCUCUCCCAAAGCCAUCACUCCAAAUCGACUGGGAAGCAGAGUGCAGAAGAAAAAAUGGCAACAACUUUGAAACAUCACAUUCGUUGCUUGACUCAGCCUCCUCAAACAGCAUAUUGCAAAGGAUCUCUACAACCCAAAGUAAAGAGUGUGAAGAAAAGGGAAAAAAAUGAGCCAGAUUCUGUUUCAUUGCCCCGUCCAUUGCUCUCAUCUUCUCCGAUGCUUUCAGAAAGCAGCGGAGAGUCAUCUGGUUAUGAAAGCGAAACUGUUCGAUCAGAAGCCACCUCUGCAGAGGGAGAAGAUGGUGGAGGUGAUGAUUCCGGUGCUCAUCGAAGAAUGCGAACGAAAUUUACAUCAGAUCAAAUUUACAAACUGGAGAACACUUUCAAUAGGAACAAGUACUUAGGUACCUCCGAGAGAUUGAAAGUGGCAGCAAAACUACAUCUUUCUGAAACUCAGGUAAAAACGUGGUUCCAGAACCGAAGAAUGAAACUAAAGCGUGAGGUGCAAGAUCUGCGUCCAGACUUCUUGAGCCCUGCUCUAAUGCCUCAGAUGAUGUACCGGCCCGUUUCUUCUCUCCAGCACUUCAACUACCCUGUGCAGCAGCUUGCACUACCCCCUCGCAGUCCAGACAACCUGGCAGCACACCGUCUCUACCCAUCCCUCAUGGAACAAAUGGCAUUCCCUCAGUCCCCACUCCACCAUUUGCUGCUGGCUUCUGUUACUGAGGACUGCACUACAAAAUUAUACAGGUCUCCUUACCUCCGUGCAAUAUAAAAACGUUUCAUGCUUUUAUAAACCACUUUUUAAAAACACUUUUUGUGGCAUUUAAGUAAUUCAUCGAUAAAUUAAAGUAUAUAUCCAAAGUGUUUAAACUGCGUUU